UUAGUUAGUGAUAAUCAUUAAACACGUUAACAUGGCGCCUAAAUUGUACAUGAUUCCACCCAGCCCUCCAGUGAGAUCUGUCUUACUGACUGCUAAGGCUUUAGACUUGAAUUUAGAUUUAAUAAAUGUUGAUUUAUUAAAAAAGGAAAAUAUGAAACCAGAAUUUUUAAAACUUAACCCCUCACACACGGUACCAGUUUUGGAUGAUGAUGGUUUUAUAUUGGCAGACAGUCAUGCUAUAAUAAUAUAUUUAAUUGAGAAAUACGGAAAAGAUAGCAGUUUAUACCCAAAGGACAUCAAGGAGCGUGCGGUCGUAAACCACAGACUUCAUUUCGAUAAUGGAACUCUUUUUUCUAGAUUGUCAGCCAUGGUAAAACCCCUUUUUUACAACAACGAAAAAUCCAUUCCCCAAGAAAAAAUUGAUGGCGUUGUAGAGGCAUACAAAAUUUUGGAAACUUUUUUACAAAGUGCGCCGUGGAUGGCUGGUCAAAAAAUGACGGUGGCGGAUUUAGCAAUUGUUGCAUCCGUUACAAGUUUGAAUGCAGUGAUUCCCAUUAAAGAAAAGGAAUGUCCAAAACUUGUUUCUUGGAUUAAAAACAUGGAAGCAUUACCUUGCUACUCUGCUAACAAGGAAGGACUUAAUAUCUUUGCUGGCGCCAUAAAGUCAUUUUUGGGAUAAUAUGAGAACCUAGAACCUAAAAUGUAUGAAACUUAAUAAUAUUAUACCUACAAUAAAAAUAUAACACAGACUAAAAAUCGUAGUUUUUAAACGGCAUUUAGUUUUAGUUCUAUGUUUUUAGUUUAAACUUAUUAUGGGGUGGACGAAUUUCUUAGUAACAUUCCUAUUUUCUAAAUACUACUAAAUAUGGGUUUGUUCUUAAUACAAAAUAUACAUGUAUUUUAAAUUAAGAUAAUAAAUCUUAACCUUC